UAUGCAAUUUCAUUUACGGCAUUCCUCUUUCAUAGAGGGCUUUCUAACUCAAUUUGGUCCAGAUAAGUAAAAUUAAGUUAUUGAAUACUUAAUCAUUAUGGGAAUAGAUUUGGCAAACAAAACAGGUACAAGAAACACAAAAGAAUUAUACCAUUUAUUAAAACAACUUUCAAGUAUUAAUAUUACUUUAUAAAAUCACAGAAAACAUUAAAGAACAAACUUAAGGAGAUAUUAAAAAUGAAAUAAAAACAAUUUAAAAAUAAUUAAGAGACUUAAAUGAUCUAAUUUAAAUCUCUUAAAGAGAAAAUAGAAAUGUAUAAGGAACUCAUAAAAAAUAUAAAUAAACUAAUGAAAGUAACUCGAAUCGAUAUGAAUAAUAUGAAAAUAAUCAUAUUCAUCCACAUGAUUAUUAAAACAAUCAUCAUAUUCAUUCACAUGAUUAUUAAAACACUCAUUAAACAUACAACACUUAGAGAUCACAAUCGAAAUCUCCAAUCCACUUUAGUGAUCGUACUCCUCAUAAAUUAAAACAUUCAAGAUCAUAAUCAUAAAGAAAUCUAACUCCUAAAAUUACUGAAUCACCUCCUCCCCCUUAAAUUGUUUACAUUAACAAAAUGCAUAACAAAUUUGAUAUCAAACCUUAAUUUGAUGAUAGAUAAAUGUAAUAUUUCAAUCAUUUUCUAGUAAAAAAUUAAUGUAUGGAGAUUCCUAAAAUUAAGACAGAGGUAGAUAUUUUGGUAAAAGUCCUUCACCUUAAUAAUUAGUUUAUUCCUCUCAAACUAGUGGAGGUCUAUCAUAUAGAUAAUAUCCUGGGUAAGUAAUUCAUCAUUAAGUGGACAAACAUAAAUAGAAUAUUUCACCUAAGAAAUUGCCUGCUUAUUUACAGAAUGUGGAAUCUAAAAUUAAACCUUUGGUUGAUUAAGAUAAACUCUAAUAUAGAGAGAUAUAAAAAGAUCGUGAAAAUAAUAAUAAUAAUAAUAAUAAUAAUAAUAAUAAAUAAGAUGGAACUAUAAAAAAAAUUAAUAAUAAUUCAAUACAAUAAUAAAAUAGUGCUGAAACAGAUACAUUUUUUGAUAUUCAAUAAUAUAUUUAGGAUUAGAAAAAAUACUAAUUUUCUCCAGUUUAGGAAAUGAAUGAUGAUGGAAGAAAUGAAGAUGAUGAAGGAAGUGACACUUUCUCAAAUUUCAGUCCACCUAAUGAAGAAGUAAAAGAAUUCUUUCAGCAAGAAUAUAUAUAAUAACGUAGAUGA